AUGAGUAUUACAGGGGUAAUCGGCGCCGCCGUGAAAGCGGCCACCGUCCUCUUGGGCGUCGGGAUCGGUAAAAUCACCAUAAUCCCAGUGUUGAUCGCCAUGCUCGCUUACUUCAAUUACGAUCUCAUGGACCCGGAGAAUCAUCCGCACGUGACGAAGGAACUGCGGAAGGAAUAUGACUUCGUCGUGAUCGGCGGCGGCUCGGCCGGAAGCGUGAUGGUUAACAGAUUGACCGAGAAUCCCGAAUGGAAUGUGCUCCUGCUAGAGGCCGGGGGUCACGAGACCGAAAUAACCGACGUACCCAUCUUGUCACUCUAUUUGCACAAGAGCAAGAUUGAUUGGAGUUACCGCACGGAGCCGCAGGAUUCGGCCUGCCAGGCGAUGGUUGAUCACCGGUGCUGCUGGACCAGAGGCAAGGUUCUCGGAGGCUCCAGCGUUUUGAACACGAUGCUGUACAUUCGCGGUAACCGACGUGACUACGACCAAUGGGAGAGUUACGGGAAUCCCGGAUGGGGAUACGAGGACGUGCUGCCGUAUUUCAAGAAGUCGCAAGAUCAAAGGAAUCCAUAUUUGGCGCGCAACACGCGAUAUCACAACACUGGAGGGUAUCUCACGGUGCAGGAUAGCCCUUAUCUCACUCCGCUGGGUGCGGCGUUUCUUCAGGCGGGUGAAGAGAUGGGUUACGACAUUCUGGACGUUAAUGGCGAGCAACAGACCGGCUUCGCCUUCUUCCAGCUCACGAUGCGCCGGGGCACCAGAUGCAGCACCGCCAAGGCAUUCAUACGACCCAUUCAAUUGAGAAAAAAUUUCCACCUGUCUCUGUGGAGCCACGUUACUCGGGUGUUGAUCGACCCACUCAGUAGAAAAGCAUACGGAGUGGAGUUCAUCAGAAACGGUCGCAAAGAGAUCGUGUACGCUAAGAAAGAGGUGAUCCUCUCGGCCGGAUCUGUCAAUACUCCGGUUUUGUUAAUGCUGUCCGGGGUAGGACCGCGCGCCCACUUGGAGGAUCUAGGAAUCCCCGUGAUUCAAGACUCGCCCGGGGUCGGACAGAACGUGCAGGAUCACAUCGCAGUAGGCGGACUGGUCUUCUUGAUCGAUUACGAGAUCAGUAUAGUGCUGGAUCGGAUGGUGAACAUCAACACGGCGCUGAGAUACGCUAUCACUGAGGACGGCCCGUUGACGUCGAGCGUCGGCCUAGAGUCAGUCGGCUUCAUAUCGACCAAGUACGCGAAUCAGAGCGACGACUGGCCGGACAUCGAGUUCAUGCUGACGUCUUCGUCAACAAGCUCGGACGGCGGCACCCAUGUGAGAAACGCUCACGGCCUGUCCGACGAAUUCUACCAUGAAGUGUUCAGCAAGAUCAACAACCACGACGUCUUCGGCGUCUUCCCAAUGCUGCUCAGGCCCAAGUCGCGCGGAUACAUACGGCUCAAGUCUAAGAACCCGUUGGACUACCCCCUGAUCUAUCACAAUUAUCUCACCCACCCCGAAGACGUGGAGACGCUUCGCGAGGGCGUCAAGGCGGCCAUCGCCUUCGGCCAGACGAGCAGCAUGAGACGAUUCGGUUCGAGAUUCCACGACAAGCCGUUGCCGAAUUGCAAGCACAUCCCUCUCUACACUGACGAGUACUGGAACUGCGCGAUCAGGCAAUAUACGAUGACCAUAUACCAUAUGAGCUGUUCCGCCAAAAUGGGUCCGUCGAGCGACCCCAUGGCGGUCGUGGACCCAGAACUGAAGGUCUACGGGAUUACAGGUUUGAGGGUGAUCGACGCAUCGAUCAUGCCGACUAUCACCAGUGGCAACAUAAACGCGCCAGUGAUCAUGAUCGGCGAAAAGGGUGCCGACAUGGUGAAAGCGCGAUGGACGUAG